AUGGCUCUUGAACUAAAAGAAAAGGGCAACCAGCUCUUCAAAGAAGGCGAUUACAAUGGCGCCGAGGAGAUGUAUUCACAAGCAAUCCUCAAGAACCCUAAAGAACCCACCUUCUUCUCCAACCGCGCCCUCACCCGCAUCCGUCUCGAAAACUGGGCCGGAGUUGAGCACGAUGCCCGCGCCGCCAUCGAUCUGUACGGCGCCAAAUCUCCUACUAGUUUGAAAUCCUCCUGGUAUCUGGCACAAGCGCUGUUGGGCUUGCAACGACCUCAGGAAGCAUACGAUGUAGCCAUUGAAGGGUAUAAGGCGAGUCUGGCGGCGAAGAACAUCCAGACGGAGAAUUUGUCGCGGACGGUGCUGCGCGCUAAGCAGGCAAUUUGGGCGGCCAAGGAGACGGCGCGGAUAAGGGAGUUGGAUGAGACGCUGGCGAGUGUGGAGGGGCUGAUUGAGGCGGAGAUGGAGAGGGGGUUGACGGAGUUGAAGGGGCGGCUGGAGAAGGGCGAGAUUGGGGAGAUUGGGUUUAGGGAGGAUGAGAGGGAGAUUAGAGAGGAUGCUGAGCGGAAGGUGCAGAGGGUGAGGGAGGCGUUUGCGAUUGCGUCGGAGGGGAAGGUGGUUGAGAGAGUUGUGCCUGAUUAUCUGGUGGAUGGAAUUACGUUUGAGAUUAUGCAUGACCCUGUUAUCACUCCAUCCGGGACCAGCUUUGACCGGUUUGGCAUCACCAAGUACGUGGAGCAGGCCAAGGUUGACCCCAUCACACGAGUGCCGAUGACGGUGAAUGAUCUUCGGCCGAAUUAUGCGUUGAAGGCGGCGUGCGAGGAGUUCCUGGAUAAGAAUGGCUGGGCAGUGGAUUGGUGA